AUGGAGCUGAGGUCCCCAGAGGGGCAUUUGCAGCCAGUUCAGAGCCAGGACCUCCCAGCCCAGCCCCCCGCGCGCCUCCCGGGGCAGGCCCGGCCUCCUGCAGACGCCGCCCGGGGAGCCUCUGCUCCGGGGGGCGGGGGGGGGGUCGGGGGUCGGGCCGCGGCGCUGGAGGCCGAGAGGGUGCCCGGCGGUUUGGGGGCCGCGCGCCGGCGGCCCGGAGGUGAGCGUGCGGUGGGGUUUCCGAGCGGGAGGGCGCCCGGGCGUCUGUCCCAGGCAGCUUUGUUUCUCGUGGAUAAUAAAGGCAGAUCAAAGGGCCUGGCGGUGCAGGUCCGCUCGCCGCGCGGCUCCCUCCGCAGCCCAGUGAUCAAGGCCUCUGCCCCGCGGGUCAGCGGACGUCCAUCACCGCGGCUCCCGGGCCGGCGGGCGGCGCGUCCAGCCGGGGACCAGCGCUCGCCCGGGCUGCACCCGAAGGAAGCGGGGCCCCUGCCGCCGCCACCCCACCUCCACCCACCCCCGGCCAAACCGACGGGCGAAAACAGAUCCCGGCACCCCCCCGGCCCCCGUCCUUCCCACCCUGAGCUCCCGGGGGGCGCGGGGACGCGGGGACCCGAGCGGGUGGCGACCUGCCGAGGCCGAGCAAAUUGGCUGCAGCGCGCGGGGGCGGGGAGACGCGCUCGGGGUCCGCCCGAGGUGGGGCCGCGUCUCCCCAGGGCCACCUCGGGGCUCCGGGGCCGGGGAGGAGCGGGAGGCCGCGGGACCGGCCCGGGAGCGGCCUGCAGGAGGGGGCGCGGGGGCGCGGGGGCGCGGGGGCGCGGGGGCGCGGUCUGCGAGUUCCGCGCGGCCGGGCCGAGGUUGAAAUGCGAUUUCGCUUUAGCCGGUUUCUCCCAAGCGGUUCCUGAUCUUGAGCUGCCCGCGCAGCACAGGAACGCAGAGCGACUUUUCAUCACCCUGCGGCCCCCCCAGCCCCCCAACACCGCCCCACCUCCCCGAGUCGCUCUUGAUUCCCUGAAGAGGAGCCCGGCGAGUGCGGCUCGCUGGCGCCACCUAGAGCUCGGGGUCGGGAAGGCCGCGCCGUCCGCCCGCCUGGUCGCGCUGGCAGCGCCGGGAGACGCCGCAGCCCAGCGAGGCGGGCAAAGAAAAACGCGGUCGCGCGUAAACACGCCUUUCGGGGGAGCGGCGGGGUCUCCGCACCCGCGGGUGGGCGCGCCGGGCGCUGUCGGCGGCCGCGCGGACCCCGGCGUGGGCACAGCCCCCCGGGCUCCAGGCGCGAGGACCCGGGAUCCGAGCGCUCCCGGUCGGCGAGGCCCGUCCGCGGGGACUCCCCGGGACCCACCGCAGCCGAGAUGGAUAAGCCGGGCCACCAGGCCGUCCCACGUCCCCAGACGGCCCCCGCGGGGAGGCCCAAGCAUCCUCUUGCCGCCCGGGGAUGGCCCAAGCAUCCCCUUGCCUCGCGGGCGCCCUGCAGGCAGCCGUCCCCGCCCGAGAUGGGUGCUGGGGGGCUGCCGAGCAGGCCCGGGCCUGGAGGCGCACGCAGGGCCCCCCCGACGGCGGCCACGAGCCCCCCGGACCCCUCGCCCCAGCCCCUCCUGGAGGGUCCGCAUUGCCUACGGGCGGAAACGGACCCCUCGGGGCCCCACCUUUCCCCCUUGGAAACCCAAAUCUAAAAAUCGGAUAACAGCUGGAGGCGUUGACCAAUUUUCUCUCCAGGCUGUGCAUCGCCCUCCCCCCGCCGUCCCUUUCCCCUCCUCUUCCCCAGGCCACUACCCCACCCCUCAUCUUCAGACGUCGCGCGGUGGCUUCUUCCCCUCCUUUCUUGCCCCCCCGUCCGCCCCCCGAACCCCCCCCCCCGCGCCUUUAUUGUAUUUUGAUCUUAAAAGCUACACCUCCAGAUGCCGCGCCCAGGGCGCCCAAAGCGCGGGCCCGCGCCAGCCAGAGUCCGCCGAGGCGCUAGGGCGCCGGGCUCCCCCGCUCUGCAGCCGGGGGAAGCGGUGCGCUUCCGGGAACUCGCAGCCACCUUUGCGGCGAGGAGCUCGGCUGGGGAGGAAGGAACGCGCGGGGACAGGCCGUCUCCCCCCGGCGGUUUUCUGCGGCCGAGCGCGGGCGGGACUCGCCGCGUCCACCUGGGCGCGGGGCGAGAGCAGCAGGAGCGCCCCCCAGCGCCCUCUUCACCUGCGGAGCGGGGCGGCGGGAGCGGGGGCCUCGCUCUCCCAGCCCCGGAGGGCGAGCGCGCCGUCCGGCCUCCGCGGGAGCAGCGCGGGCGGGCGGGGCGCGGCGGGCAGAGGGGCCGGGGCACCGCUCCCGGGCGGGGGGGGGGGGCACCGGCGGGGGCCCCUCCCCGUGACACUCGGGGCGGCCUCUCGGCGCAUCCUCCAGGGAGGGGGCAAGAUGCGCCCCCCGAUCCCCGGGUUGCAUUUGGGUUUGAGGUGCGAUCACAAGGCCGCCAGGCGCGCGUCCAGGAGGGAAGCGCCGCCGCCCGCGGGCUGGCGUGGCCCCUGGGGCGGCCCCGGGCGACCCCGGCGCGGCCCCUCCCCCUCCCCCCCCGCUCCGGGAGCCCCCUCGGGUCGGCGGGUCAGCAGCGGCCGAGCCCGGGGCCUGCGCGCGUCCGCCCCCUCGGGAAGGCCGCUCGCGGGCGGUGCGCCGGGCUGGCGGGUCCUCGGCGCCCCUGGCCUCCCGCACGUCGCCGUCGCCGUCACGGUUGCCUCCCGAGGGAAGCCGCGGGGCGCGUGA